CUUAUGAUGCUAUCUUGAUCGAUCAGAACCAUUAUAUGUUCACCGGAUGAGCAGCUACCUUUUUGGAAGGGAACGGAAAGUUGCAGACAUCCCCAUAGAUCAUCCCUCCUGCAGUAAACAACAUGCAGUUCUUCAAUAUAGACUUGUAGAGAAGGAGCAGCCAGAUGGCAUGAUGUCAAAGCAAGUGAGGCCUUAUCUGAUGGAUCUUGGUAGUACCAAUGGAACUUUCAUUAAUGAGAAUCGUAUUGAGCCCAGCCGUUACUAUGAACUCUUUGAAAAGGAUACCAUUAAGUUUGGCAAUAGUAGCCGGGAGUAUGUUUUGCUUCAUGAAAAUUCGAAAGAAUGAGGAUUGAAAUUGCUGGAAACUUUGCUACAUUGUUACUUGAGAUUUUGACGUCCCUCUGCUGCUUGUUGUUUGUACUAUGGUUUCAGUCGCCUGAAUAUUUUUCAAGAAUGCCUGAAGGAACAUAGCAGAGGCCGGUAAUCUUCCGUUACAUUUAUAGGAUUCUAGAGCCUAGACAUGUUUUAUCCAGUGGUUGAUCUAGUACCGCUACAUACUUCAUGGUUUUGUCAAAUACCAUGUCAUAUUGUCACUGCCAUAUCAUAAUUAUAAUCUGCAAUUUGUGACUAUUGAAAUGUUGGCACUCUAAUCUAUUUGAAAUCUGCGAAUCUUGACACGAGAUGAGCAAUAAUCUAGAUAUAGCGAAGCACUGAAGCAGUUCUGUUGGUUCCAAUUUUAUCAUUUAGAGGUAGCCAGCUGGUAGGGAUAUUCUAGCUUCAUUACUAUUCUACAGUUAAACAGGCAUCGAGAAACAAAGCAGGUAGCCACUUUGGGCCCCCCAAAAAAAAUGAGAGCAUCUUUAGUUGUGUCCACUCGGCUGUGCACAUGGUAGAUUGCUAAUGUAUCUCUGUAAGUGAAGGCAGUGUUUGGCUAACGAGAAAAGGAAAUGAUUUUCCACCCACCAAAAGAUAUUUUUAAAUCCUAACCGUUUAUUUUCCCUCUUCCAUUUAAUCCUAACUCUUCAUUCAUUUUCCAAUCUCAAUCCCAAUCCCACCUCCCAUUUCCCAUUAUCCAAACACACCCGAAAAGUUUUCCUCACAAUGCUUCUAGGGUGAGCCACGUCAUCAAGUGAAAUAUGACCGUUGGAUUCAUAGGUGAAACCAAUAUCAACCGUUGGAUGAAAUGUGAUGGUGAAGAAAGGAUAUAGAAAUGGAAAGGAGGAAUCCGGAACCUUCAUGUGGCUUAGGUUGGAAGGAUUCAUCGGAUAUUGAGAGAAAUGAGAAAAACAAAAGCGGCUAAAAAGAUAAAGAUGUAAUGACCCUUUGCAAUAUUUAUUUUACAAAGUAAAAAUUUAUUUACAAAUAGAUCCAUAGAUUCACACAUAUUUUUAAAUGAGUGUUUAACAAAUAAACAUAUUUUAAUUUACCUAAAUUCACAUAAGUAUAAUACAUAUAAAAUGUAUCUAGACUUACAUAAGUAUAAGUAUAGUAAAAAUAAGUAUGUUCUAAUAAAUAUGCUACUCCCUCCGUAUUUGAAUGUACGACGUCGUUGACUUUUUGACUAACGUUUAACCAUUUAUUUUAUUCAAAAUAUUUAUGUAAUUAUCAUUUAUUUUAUUAUAACUUGAUUUGUCAUCAAAUAUUAUUUAAGCAUGAUAUAAAUAUUUUUAUAUUUGCACAAAAAAUUUAAAUAAGACGAAUAGUUAAACGUUGAUAAAAAGUCAACGACGUCACACGUUAAAAUAUGGAGGGAGUAUAAGACAUGAUGGAAAACUGACAAAUUUCAAUGGAAUACGAUCUACAUGUUAAAUUAAAGGUCAUUUUGAAUGUAUAAUCCUUGCAAUAAUUUAAUGGAGAAUAAAUAUAUUAAUCCAGUAAUCCUACAAAAAUCAUGCAUUUUCUUUAGAGGCUCUUUAUCACUAAUGCAUGGGCUACAAAGAGGGGCUAAAGAGUUUGUGUCAACAAGAGGUAUAGGGUGUACUCUUUUACCAUAAUGGAAUAGAACAUAUAUAUGCAUUUUUUUUAAGAAAAAUGCUACAUCUGACUUUCUUUUCUUUAAAUACCAUUUAUGUAUUUUUCAUCCAUGGGUUCCUCGAAUCAUUAAACUUUCAACCUUCCAUAUUCCAUCUGAUUCAGCCUUAUAAAAUAACACGCCUAAACCUAAACAGAACAUGUUUACACCUAUGAGGAAAUUCGACCAAGGGUGGCUACUCAUGGCCAUGUAAGUAACUUAGCAUAAUUUAUCGCAAACUUUAUAUUACCAUGUCAGUCUAUUACAUAGUUUUAAGUGAGUAGUUGUUACAAAUUUAAACUAAUUACUACUCUCUCCAUCUACUUUUGAUAGUCAUAUUUCAUCUUGACACACAGACCAAGAAUAAGUAAUUGUACCUAUCAUCCAUUUAAAUAUACUACUAGUUAUUUCUCGUAAAGAAGCGAUUUAUGAAUAUUUACAUUUCUCGAUGUCCAUGUAGCUAAUCUUAUGUGGAAGAAUAGAGAGUCAUGCAUUAAAUUCUAGAAAAUCAUUAAGAGGAUAGGUUGUUGGAUUGAAAUAUGCUUAUCAAAAAUAAAUUUUUCAGAUUUAGAAAAUAUGCCUAUCAAAAAUAGAUGGAGGGAGUACAAUAUAACGUGUAAAAGUAUUUAAUAAAGAUGGUGGUUACAGUCGCCUGAAAACGCGACUUAAUAGACUAGUAAUGCUUGAAAGUUGAAACCUCGACAGCUCGUCAACUACACAAGGUCGGUGGUCUCUAGCCGCUAUAUAUACUGCCAGUGUUCCCAAAACCUUUCUUCAUCCGUGUACCGAUUGAUCUACAGCAAGCUUCAGCUUGCUCCUGCAUCUAUCGAUCAUGGAUAGAUCACCGUCUCAUAGUCUUCUCCUUCUCCUCUGCUUCUUCCUCCUCUUCGCUCAGCUGUUGCAAGCACGGAUGCUAGGUAGGCAACAUAGACGCUUUCACUCGCAUGGAUCACGUGAAAAUAGAGAGAAACAGAGAAGAGUGCAUUUCAUUUGGUAGCUAAUUUGUCAUUCACUGACGAAACGCAUCACGCAUUGACCAUGUGAAAAUAUUAUAACAAUGGUUUGAUAGCUAAUUUGUCUGUCCUACACUGACGAAAUUUCUCCUGCUGUUUUCUCGCUUCAGGAGAAGCCUACUACUCCUAUC